CAGGGCCUGAGCAGGCCUGGGGACUGGCAGCCGGUGAGUGCCUCCGGCCCGGCAAACAGGCAAGGAGAGGCCGUUCCCUGCCUUGCACGACCAGCCCCUCGCCCCCAACCUCCAACCUCCAGCCUCCAGCCAUCCAGGAAUCUAUGGUUCUUGGGGGCAAACCUCACCUGAUCUGUAAAUAAGGCUUCAGUGGAAGACAGCAACACCCAGUCAUCUAUGUGUACUGUCCACGGCAGCUGCCACGUCACAGGCUGCUAAGCAGAAUAGUCGCCACGAGGACCACCUGCACAGAAAAGCCCCAAAUAGGAGAUAAAAGGCAGGAAAGAACAUGUUACCUCUGGAGCACUCUUGGUGUCUCUGCUCUGGGCUGGAACCUCCAUCACUUCCCAUCAGGUAUCCUUGAGUGAAAAAAGUCAGUCACAUUCCUGCUGGAAUAUAUGGAGACUUUUAAUAGACUCAGAAUCACCAGCUGGCAUUGGAGCUGGCUGGCUGUGACGGUCGGCGUGCUUCUGGGUGUGAGGCCCUCGGCUUGUGGGGAUUUAUCUGGUGCACGUCCAAACAUCCUUCUUCUGAUGGCGGACGAUUUCGGCAUUGGCGACAUUGGCUGCUAUGGCAACAACAGCAUCAGGACUCCAAAUAUUGACCGCCUUGCAGAGGACGGUGUGAUGCUCACCCAGCACGUGGCAGCUGCGUCAGUGUGCACCCCGAGCAGGGCUGCUUUCCUAACGGGCAGAUACCCUCUCCGAUCAGGUAUGGUUUCCAGCAAUGGUUAUCGUGUUCUCCAGUGGACUGGAGUACCUGGAGGGCUCCCGACCAAUGAGACAACUUUCGCAAAAAUAUUAAAAGACAGAGGCUAUGCCACUGGGCUAAUAGGAAAAUGGCAUCUGGGUCUCAACUGUGACUCUUCCAGCGAUCACUGCCACCACCCACUCAACCACGGAUUUGACCAUUUCUACGGAAUGCCAUUUUCCAUGAUGGGAGACUGCGUCCACUGGGAACUGUCAGAGAAGCGUGCAGGCAUGGAGCACAAACUCAACGUCUGCUUCCAAAUCAUGGCCUUCGCUGCCCUGACACUCACCGCUGGGAAACUCACCCGCCUGACAUCGGGCUCGUGGACUCCAGUCAUCUGGUUAACCACGGCAGCCUUCUUGUUCUUCAUGACCUCCUAUUUCGUGGGGGUCCUGAUUGUUCAUGCAGACUGCUUUCUGAUGAGGAACCACACCAUCACUGAGCAGCCCAUGCACUUUCAAAGGACAACCUCUCUUAUUCUCAAAGAGGUCUCGUCCUUUGUCCAAAGAAACAAGCACAGACCUUUCCUCCUCUUUGUCUCCUUUCUACACGUGCACACCCCUCUGAUCACGACGGAGACGUUCCGCGGGAAGAGCAUGCACGGGCUGUACGGGGAUAACACGGAAGAGAUGGACUGGAUGCUGGGGCAGAUCCUUGAUACUUUGGAUAUGGAAGGUGUGACCAAUAGCACCCUCGUUUAUUUUACAUCGGAUCAUGGGGGAUCGUUAGAGGCUCAACUGAGAAACCACCAAUAUGGAGGCUGGAAUGGAAUCUACAAAGGUGGCAAAGGGAUGGGGGGCUGGGAAGGUGGGAUCCGCGUCCCAGGGAUCUUCCGGUGGCCUGGGGUGCUGCCGGCCGGCCGAGUGAUCCACGAGCCCACCAGCCUGAUGGAUGUUUUCCCCACCGUGGUCCAGCUGGGGGGCGGUGAGGUGCCCCAGGACAGGGUGAUUGAUGGCCGGGACCUGCUGCCCUUGCUGCUGGGGACAGCGCAGCACUCAGACCAUGAGUUCCUGCUGCAUUACUGUGAGAAUUCACUGCACGCGGUCCGCUGGCACCAACGGGACGGAGGAAGACUAUGGAAAGUGCACUACAGGACCCCAGUGUUCCACCCAGGGGGAGCCGGCGCCUGCUACGGGAGAGGGGUCUGCCCGUGCUCCGGGGACCACGUAGCCCAUCACGACCCACCGUUGCUCUUCGACCUGUCCAGAGACCCUGCUGAAGCCCACGCCCUCACGCCGGACACGGAGCCCUUGUUCUAUCAGGUGACAGACACAAUCGCGAGGGCCGUGGAAGCCCAUCGCCGGACGCUCAGCCCGGUUCGUCUGCAGCUGGACACGUGGGGCAACAUCUGGAGACCCUGGCUCCAGCCCUGCUGCGGUCACUUCCCCCUGUGCUGGUGUGAUCGAGAAGGCGACCCAGGAUCACUGCCUGCCAGGGAGAACUAGCUCCGUCCCUGGUCCCUGCACAUCUUUGCCGGUCGAAAUACAACUUCCCUGUGACGUUAAAUCGCCCAUUUACGUCGCUGGAAUAGUUUUUGCUCUUCAAAACACAAAAGGUAUAAGGAAGACGCAGUGGCGUGCAGUCACCCCCAAGUAAACCCAAACACCGUGGGUUGUUCAGGCCGCACCCCAACAAGGAAGUGGGGAGUAGAGCCCCUCUGGGCAUGGGGAUUUCCAUCACUGGACACCAGCCACACCUGCAGGGGAGUUCACAAUCCCAGGGGAAGGUAUUUGUGUCAAAAAGAUUUGCAGACAAAAGCCAGGUGAGCAGCAAGUAUGAUUAGCCCUGAAAAGGUGUGACGGGGGCCAAUUUAAAGCGUGUAGGUUUAUUACUUUCCACAUCGAAUCUCUUGGAGGUUUGCACCAACUCUUUCAAACUGAAACUCUUUUCAAGCAUUUAUUCCCUGUGAUUUAGGGAAACCCAGACCGUGGGGGCCGUGCUGGGCAUUCAGUAUCCUUCUGCUCUGUGUGGGGAGGUCACUGCAUGAGGACCGAGGCCCAGGACGGGACACCAGCAGGAUGGGGAUUUCGUUCCAGACCCUGCACCCAAUUCCCACUCUCUGCACACAGGCACCCUUACGCCCCACCACUAUCACUCUACCGAGGCCACCAUAACAAAGGACCACCAAGGCAGCGGCUUUAACCACGUGAAUU